UUAGUCCACAAAGGUUGCCUCAAAUGGAGGAACAUCGAACAGACAUGAAAAACAUUCGAGGAGAAUAUAGAAAAUAUUUUGCAAGUGUGUAUUAUGGAAGUAAAAUUACUGGAAGUGGAAUAAUAAAACUUGUUUUUAGUAACGAUUUUGAUUAUGAAGAUGAUUAUGGUGAGUCAAGAACCUAUAUGGUAUCGAGAAUCUAUCUCCACAAGGUCACACGCUAG